GCGGCUGGGAGUUUGUUUUUGCUGUGAUUUCUUUUUUCUUUUUUAGAGGACUGUCUGCGCGACUCUGCCGUACUGCGCAGCCCCUUGAGCAGUUGCCCUUGGAGGAGGAAGAGGGGUGGAAGGAGCCUACACUGUAGAAUUACCUUGGUUUUUAGUUAACACCCACCUGGGUUCGAGGCAUACGCUUCACCUAGCUGAGACGAGCAAUCUGCAAUCUCUGUUGCAGAUUUUGUAAUUUUAGGGAUAAUUUAAGGAAUACCAUUUAAGUUCUUGGGGAGGUUAACUAAUGUGUGUGAAGCACUAAGCUUUGGUUUUACCAAACAUAUUCGUGAUUCCGCUCCCUUUCCAGGCGUGUACUUGCCGUGUAAUUUUCAGUGUGCGUAAGAGAUGCUUAGUUUGUAAGAGGUAAUGCAUCCCAGGAGAACACUAUGCAAAGUUUGCUGGGGUCAGUCUCUUUUAUCAUCUAUUAUGAUGUCCUGACAAUGUUUUGUCUGUGUGUGUGUGUGUGUGUGUGUGUGUGUGUUCCUUCUCUAGAGACAGCUGUUCUCCAGCCUUUCUGGAGAGUGCAGGUGUGUACCAUUUGCCGUGAAACAGUCAAUAUGUUGAGAGACAAGGUGUUGAAGAAAGAAAAGUGUGUUUCAUUUGUUGUGACAGCAAACUGAGAAGAUGGUGAACUGAUGUCCUAAAGAACCUUCUAAAUCAGUAUGAAUUUUAGACUCCUUUCUAUGUUAAGGCAAGGAAGGUACCUUUGCAAAAGCAUUCCACAAGGUUUGGGCUACCUGACCAUUAUGGCAUCAAGAAACCUCUGGUAUAUGAGAAGUUACUUUGGUUCAAGAUGUUGGAGGAUCCAGUUUUCAGCAGACAUCAUCUUCAAACCAGUUUCAGUUAGGCUUUUUGGUGUGAAGUGUGAUGAUACAAACCAUGAACCUUUGAAGAAUGAGGACCUAUUAAACAACUUACUUACUAUGGGAGUGGAUAUUGACAUGGCAAAAAAAAGACAGCCUGGAGUUUUUAAUAGAGUGGUUACAAAUGAACAGGACUUAAAGCUGUUCCUUCUGUCCAAAGGAGCUAGUAAAAAUGUGAUUGCUAGCAUCAUAUCAAGAUAUCCACGAGCCAUAACUCGUACUCCUGAAAGUCUUUCAAAACGGUGGGAUCUCUGGAGAAGGGUUAUGACAUCAGACCUUGAAAUUGUGAAUAUUCUGGAACGUUCUCCUGAAUCCUUUUUUCGGUCCGAUAACAACCUAAACUUAGAGAAUAAUAUCAAGUUCCUCUACUCAGUUGGAUUGACCCGUAAAUGCCUUUGUCGGUUGUUGACUAAUGCCCCUCGUACUUUCUCCAAUAGUCUUAAUCUGAACAAAAAGAUGGUUGAAUUUUUACAGGAAGUCUGUUUGUCAUUGGGUCACAAUGAUCCUGCAGAUUUUGUCAGGAAGACACUUUUUAAAAACCCUUUCAUCUUAAUUCAGAGCACCAAGCGGGUGAAAGCUAACAUUGAAUUUUUACAGUCAACUUUCAACUUGAACAGUGGGGAAUUACUUGUUCUGAUAUGUGGUCCAGGUGCUGAAAUCUUAGACAUUUCCACUGAUUAUGCCAAAAGAAACUACACAAAUAUAAAAGAGAAGCUGUUUUCUCUUGGAUGUACUGAAGAAGAGGUACAGAAGUUUGUCUUAAGCUAUCUAGAUAUGAUCUUCUUGGCAGAAAAAAAGUUUAAUGAUAAAAUAGACUGCCUCAUAGAAGAAAAAAUUAACAUUUCACAAAUAAUUGAAAAUCCUCGUGUUCUGGAUUCAAGCAUUAGUACUUUAAAAAGUCGAAUCAAAGAACUGGUAGAUGCUGGUUAUAACUUGAGUACAUCAAACAUUGCUCUUCUGUCUUGGAGUAAAAAAAGAUAUAUUGCUAAAUUGAAAAAGUUAGGCAGGUAGAACUUAAAAAAAAAUCAUGAUAUAGUGAUUUUUUUUUGAAUUUGGGCCUUUCAGAAAGGAGAGUUGAUUUUUUAACUACAGGUACACAGUGAUCCUUUGGCUCUUUUGCUUUAUAGGUUAAUAAAAACUAUUGGUAUACUCAAGUACUGUCCUUCUAGCUGUUUAUUCUCUAGUUUGAAUUAUUGCCCUACACCAUUAGAUAGUAUGAGCUGUGGCUGCUGUACAAAGGUAGUUCCUGAGUGCCAUGACAGAAUAAUGUGUGGAAAGAAAGUAAAAAUACUAAAAAUCUAACAAAGUAGAACAGAGAGAUUUUUCAUCCCAAGUUUUACCUUCUUCUUUAAACCCCAUUAGUCUGCUUCCUCCACUUCCCCCAGGAUUUACUGUUGGUGUAUCUUAAUUUCAUUCAGGACAGGGGCAACUGUAGUUAAGCAGAAUAAUGGUCACCUGAAGACACUGAUGUCUUAACUCCCAGGACCUAUGAAUAUGUCAUGUUAUAUUACAAAAGGAGUUUGCAGGUAUGAUUAAGUUAAAUCUGAUUAAAUGCUUUGAGAUGGGGAGAUUAUCCUUAAAUAUUUAAGGGACCUACUGUAAUUACAAAGUUCCUUAAAAUUGGAAGAGGGAGGCAAAAAAGGAGGUCAAAGUGAUGCAUAUAAGAA